UCCUUCCCAAGCCCCGCCGUCCAGAGUCGGUGGGACUACGCUUCCCAGAAAGCCUUGCGCGGGGGCGGAGGCAGCAGGGAUGCGAUGGCGGAGUCGCUGCCGCUGGAGAUGGUCACAUAUAUUCUGAGCUUCCUGCCUCUGUCAGAUCAGAAAGAGGCCUCCCUCGUGAGCCGGGCUUGGUACUGUGCAGCCCAGAAUGCCCUUCGGGAGGCCAGCGUGCAGUACAACAUCCCUGUGUCAUCUGCCUCCCUUCCGGUCAUCAAGAGCCUGGGUCUCAGGGGCGUCACCUGCAUCAGCCUGACCAACCUGGAUGGCUCUCCGGCUUCACUCCAGGUGCUGCAGUCUGUUACCCACCACCUGGGCCCACACCUGCAGAGCUUGUGCCUUGGUGGGGGCAGCCCCACAGAGGCCUCCUUCAUGGCUCUGAUCCUGGGCUGCCCGGCCCUGCGUAUCCUAGACCUCAGUGGCUGCAACAGCCUCUUCACGUCGGGCAUGCUACUGGCUCAGCCUGAGACGGCGCAGCAGGUCCAGCAGGCGCUGAGUGGCCUCCGUGAGCUCAGCCUGGCUAGCCUUCGGGACCUGGCCGACCUCAGCUUCAACCGGCUCAGCAGUUGUGCCCCCUGCCUGGAGCGCCUCUCCUUGGCCUAUUGCCACCUCACCUUCCAGCUAGGCCCAUCCUGGGGCUCCAUUGACCCCCAGGACUCCUCCCGCUCUCAACUCUCCUUCCGUAACCUGCUGCGAUUCCUGAAGGAGCGGGCCGGCAGGCUGCACACCCUGGACCUGAGCGGCACUGGCUUGCCGCCCGAGGCCCUGCAGGCGCUGGGCCAGGUGGCCGGGCUGCAGCUGCAGAACCUGAGCCUGCAUAGCUGCCGGGACCUCUCCACAGAGGCCUGGCUGCUCAGAACUGACUGA